AUGAACGGCAAACGGAGCAGCAGUUCGGCAAAGCCGUCCUUAGAACCACCGAAGGAGAUGAAGGAGGAGGAGGAGGAAAAUUUGGAUGAGGGGGAGAUCCUGGAGAGUGAGAAGAUGAUGUCCGAGGAACCUUUCGAUUUGGAUGAACUGCUCCCCGUGAUAGGAGAGUUUGGUCGUUAUCAGAAGCUAUUGCUAUGGUUGAUAUGUCUUCCCGCCUGCAUACCGUGUGGGUUCUGUGCAUUUAAUCAACUAUUUAUGACGGACGUACCGGAGGAGUACUGGUGUCGGGUACCAGAACUCGAAAACUUCACCGCCGAGGAACGCAAAAUGUACUCCAUACCGAUGGUGGAGCUUGACGGGGUGGAAAGUUACAGCAAAUGUUCCCGCUACGCAGUGGAUUGGAAAGAGAUACUGAACUACAGUGACGAUCUAGAAGGGCCGCUGGCACCGAACAGCUCAUGGCCAACGGAACCGUGUCUGGAUGGAUGGGAGUAUAACACCACCGUUGUACAGUCAUCUAUAGUGAUCGAUUUCAAUCUGGUGUGCGAUUACGACAUCUAUCCUACACUAGGGCUAGUAGCGCUCAACACCGGUGGUCCCGUUGGUGUGUAUCUGUUCGGUCUGCUAAACGACCGUCUAGGCCGGCGGAUAUCGUACUUCUCCUGUCUGGCAACACUGCUCAUCGGUAGCUUCAUCACCGCCGCCAGUACCAGCUUCUGGAUGUGGGCUUUCAGCCGCGUCAUCGUCGGCCUUACCAUACCGGCCGUCUACCAAAUCCCAUUCAUUAUUGCGCUUGAACUGGUCGGCCCAAACUAUCGGUCCUUCGUCACCGUAAUGACCUGUACGUUCUACACGUUCGGCAUCAUGAUGCUGGCCGGUGUUACCUAUCUGAUACGGGACUGGGUACAGCUGACACUUUACACUUCCGUACCGUUUCUGUUCUACUUUCUCUAUCUGCUCGUAAUGCCCGAAUCUCCCCGUUGGUUACUGAUGAAGGGUAAGCUUGAGCAAGCGCUGUUAAUACUGGAGAAGAUGGCCAACGUUAAUGGCAAGCAACUGCCGGACAGUUUUCGAAAGCGGCUGCAGCAGCGCGUCCAGGCGGAGAAGAGCCGUACGACGAAGCGCACGGAACAGACGAUCGGUGCGUUCGAUUUGUGCAAAACGCCCAACAUGAGACUGAAGACGAUACUGAUCACGUUGAACUGGUUUGCCAACGAGACGGUCUAUCUGGGACUGAGCUACUAUGGACCAUCGUUGGGGGAGAAUCAGUACCUUAGCUUCUUUCUGUCCUCGCUCGUCGAGAUUCCGAGCUACAUUAUUUGUUGGAUUAUCAUGGACCGAUGGGGACGUCGGUGGCCAAUGUGUUUACUGAUGAUACUGAGCGGUAUAAGCUGUAUUGUAACUGUCGUCCUAUCGGAGGAUGCGGUUACGGAAACACUCGUACUGUACCUGCUGUCCAAGUCGAUGAUAUCGGCCUCGUUCCUGAUUAUUUAUCCAUUCGCUGGGGAGCUCUAUCCGACGCAGGUUCGUGGUGUUGGCAUUGGCACAUCCAGCUACAUCGGUGGACUCGGUCUUAUCGUUAUUCCAUUCAUUACAUACUUGGGCAAAGAAAACCUUCGCCUACCACUCGUCAUAAUGGGUUGCGUUUCCGUACUCGGUGGAUUCACCGGGCUUCGGUUACCGGAAACGCUACACCAUCGUCUUCCCCAGACGCUCGAAGAAGGCGAACUGUUCGGGCAGGACUGGACCUUUGACGAGUGUUUCCGGUGCAUUCCGAGCAAAAAGUCCCCCACAAGCUCGUACGAAAACCUGUCGCACGAUCCGUCCGAUGCGGCACUCGAGCUGAAUGCGGCUGUCCCAAUCAAUGCCGGUACGUUCGCUACCGGGUCGGGUUCGUGCUCCACCGAACGGACACCGCUCGAGCUGGCCCGGAUACGCCGACAAUCGAUGAAGCGGCUCGUACGGCAGGCUAGCACGAUGGACACGCAGAAAACGAAGGAUGGUGCUAUGCAGUUGACUUACUGGUUUUGA